AUGUCUCGCGGCGGCGAUGAGGAUUCGGAGGAUCUGGACGCGCUUCUGUCCGCGCUCUCCCCGGAAGAGGUGGACGAGCUGGAGGUCGAGCUGACUAUGCUGGACCCGGACCCCAGCGUCCCCGUGGGGCUACGGCAGCGGAACCAGACCGACAAGCAGCCCUCGCGCGCCUACAACCGCGAGGCCAUGCUGAACUACUGCACGCGGCAGACCAAGAAGCUGAUCCGCAGGGAGCGCUCGGUGGAGACCAUCUAUGAGAACCGCAUGUAUAGCUUGCGUGUGGAGUGUGGUCCUCGGUAUCCGGAGACUCCGCCCUUCGUUCGUUUCGUCACCAAGAUCAACCUGAACGGAGUACACAACUCUAAUGGGGUGGUGGACACGCGUGCGGUCUCGGCGCUGGCUAAGUGGCAGAACUCGUACAGCAUUCGGGUCGUGCUGCAGGAACUCAGACGACUCAUGAUGUGCAAAGAAAACAUGAAGCUCCCACAGCCCCCCGAGGGCCAGAUAUACACCAACUAGACACACACACACACACACACACACACACACACACACACACAAGCUCCCACAGCCACCCGAGGGCCAGAUAUACACACACACACACACACACACACACACACACACACACACACACAUGAAGCUCCCACAGCCCCCCGAGGGCCAGAUAUAAACCACCUAGACACACACACACACACACACACACACACACACACACACACACACACACACACACACACAAAGCUCCCAUAGCCCCCCGAGGGCCAGAUAUACACCAACGACACACACACACACACACACACACACACACACACAAAGCUCCUACAGCCCCCAGAGUGACAGGUAUACACCAACUAGACACACACACACACACACGCGCAUGCAUGGCUACACACACACACACACACACACACACACACACACAAACUCAUAGCUCCUUCCUGUUGGUCUCAUGUCCGUGUCAAUCUCUUUCUUUCUUUCUCUCUCUCUCUCUCUCUCUCUCUCUCUCUCUCUCUCUCUCUCUCUCUCUCUCGCUGUCUUACCCAUAUGUGGAUGAGUGUGUGUGUGUGUGUUUAGCUCUCUCUCUGUUGCCCCUUUCCUGUGCGUGUGUGUGUAUGUGUGUGUGUGUAUGUGUGUGUGUGUGUGUGUGUGUGCGUGUGUGUGU